AUGUCGGAUUCUGCUUCUGCUCCAGCUCCAGCUCCAGCUGUGGCUACUGACUCGGCCAAAAGGCUUAGCCAAUUUAAGCUUGCUUCCCUCGCCAUUGGACAGAAGCGCCCUUUCAACCAAAGCAGCAUUUAUCAGAGAAUUCGUAGUCUCGACCGGGGCCUUUUUGGUCAAGAGAGUUUCUCCGACGACAUCUUCAAGGUGAGCAGCUACUGAAAUCUGAAUGGAAAACAAGAGUUUCAGAUCGUCAACAACAGCAAGAAGUUCAUGGUGCAGGUUGACGUCGAAGAAUAUCUUCCCGAAGAGAUCAAAGUGACUCAGAACGAUCGUGAAGUCACCGUUUCCGCGAACAAAGAGAUCAGCGAUGAGUGCGGAUUCAUGAGCAGGUUGGUUCUAUUUUAUGAUUGAAAUCCAUAGUUGUAGAUGGGUUCCAUACCAAUCUAUUUAGUGUAACCAACGGGGUAAUGAAUUCUCGCCGGAAACAAGCCAAAAGUCAAUUUAGAUUGGAAUCAGUUUGAUACCACUUCUUUUUACAUAAAUAAAUGAAACUUUUCUCAAGAUGCCAAUUAGAGAGCUGCUACAGUCUGUAGCAUGCCACAACUUGGAAUUUCACCGAACGACAUUCCGCCGUUCCGCUGCGUGCGGUCGCGUAGCUUUUUUACCGCACGCAGCGGAAUGUCGUUUAGUGUAAUUCAAAGUCGUGGCACCUUCUUUUUUUCAUAUGAACCAAUUUUUAUUCUUGAUCCUAUUCGUUUUGAAAUAAUGCUUCAAUGAAAUUUAUAGUUUUUUUUUCGGAGAAACUGUCAAUUAAAUAUUGAAAGAAAAGGGUUCCUAGUUGGCUUGAAACUGACCUGCUUCAGGUCGUUCACUCGCAAGAUCAAGCUUCCGGAGACGGUAGACCUCGCCAGUUUGCGUACGACAUUGACUGUCGAGAACUUCCUGAAGAUCGAAGCGACCAAGGUCCAGGAAGAGGACAAGGGCGAGGGCAACGUCUUGACCAUCUACGACGAGUCCGGACACGCCUUGAACUGA